AUGAGUAAUAAAGUUGAAGAAAUCGAUAGUGGUGGAAUCAGCGAGUCAGAAAAUAAUGGAGAAAUCACAGGAUCGUUCGCAAAAGUCAAUGGAACAGGAUUCAUUCUCGAUGAUAAGCCUUACUAUGUAAUUGGAGCGAAUUAUUGGCAAGCGAUGAAUCUUGGUAUGGUAAAAGGUAAUAGGUCGAGGGUUAUACAGGACCUGAAAACUCUUAAAGAGAAUGGAAUUAACUGUGUAAGAAUUAUGGCUGGCAGUGAGGGUCCACCAGGUGAACCUCAGAGAAUGUAUCCAGCAUUAAUGAAUUCUCCAGGAGAAUACGAUGAAAGUGUUUUUGAAGGACUUGAUUGGUUUCUUGAUCAAUUGAGACAUGCUAAAAUGACAGCGAUAAUGACCCUGUCAAAUUACUGGCAAUGGUCAGGGGGUUUUGCCCAAUAUGUCUAUUGGGCUGAUAAUUCCUCGCAAAUUCCAUAUCCAGAAUGGGGGAAAGAUUUCACACCGUUCAUAAAGUAUGCUGAAAGAUUUUAUUCUGAUCCGAAGGUUUUGGAUACGUGCCAAAAAUAUUAUUUAGAUCAUGUAAGGACAGUAGUAAAUCGAAAAAACACUGUAAAUGGUAUCGUGUAUAAAGAUGAUCCGGUAAUAUUUUCUUGGGAAUUAGCAAAUGAACCACAAGAUGUUUCUGGAGAGAAUGGACACGAGUAUGUAUACAAAUGGAUAGAUUCAACAGCUGGAUAUAUUAAAUCAUUGGACAAGAAUCACUUAGUUACUUCUGGAGCCGAAGGAAAGCACGGAAAAGAUUGGUUUAUCACCAUGCAUCGCAGUAAACACAUCGACUUCACAAGUGCACAUAUUUGGGUAGAAAACUGGGGAUAUUAUAAGUCUGAUGAUUCUAGUAUAGAGAAUUUCAAAAAAGCGGAAAAUUUCAUGUUGAAUUUCUUGCAAAGUGUUAGCGAUUGGUCGACAGAUAUUUUGCAUAAACCUAUUUUACUCGGAGAAUAUGGAAUGGCUAGAGAUGCAUGGAGUGGAGUUUCCAAGUAUUCACCAGAUGCUACUACAACAAACAGGGAUAAAUAUUUUACCGCUAUAGCAAAUAAGAUAUUAGAAUUAGAAAAACAGAAAAAGUUCACUGGGCACAUGUUUUGGGCAUAUUCUGGUAUUGCUAGACCAAGUGACAAUUAUCCUCAAUGGAUUGGUGAUCCACCUCACGAACCUCCAGGUUGGUAUUCUGUGUAUGAUGCUGAUAAAAACACGUUAAAAAUUUUUGCUGCACACUUUAAAGAAAUAUUGAAAUUAAUCAAUUGA